AUGGCGUUUGAAGACCGCUGCAGUCCUAAUCAAGCGAACAGCCCUGGGCCGGUUACUGGAAGAGUGCCAGCACCGCACGCAGAGAAUCCGAUGAACUACUGUCCUCAGAACCAGUAUACAUGUACAACGAUAGAUUCAAGGUACGAAAGAUCUUCCCCAAACAUGACUAUAGUCAAAGUCCAGCCAAAUUCACCUCCACCAAGCCCAGAGCAUCAAAACGAAAUGGAGAACUUCCAAAACUAUUACCGCCCUGAAACGCCAGACGUUAAACCUCAAAUUAACCAAGAAGAUCAGAGAUUUGAUUCAGAAAAACUUAGAAACCAGAGACAACCGCCUUCUACACCGAUAGCUUUCUCAAUUAAUAACAUCUUACAUCCUGAAUUUGGCUUGAAUGCGAUUCGAAAGACCAACAAAAUUGAAGGCCCUAAACCAGUUGGUCCCAAUCAUAGUAUUUUGUAUAAACCAUACGAUUUAUCGAAGCAAAAUGAAUUCCAGAAAUAUAGUUUUGAUUAUUUGAAGUCUAAAGAACCAGAUUUUAGUUCGUUGCCGCCUUUAGGAGGCCUGAGGCAAACGGUAUCACAAAUUGGGGAGCAGAUUCAUAAAGAAAGAGAGAUCCCUAAGGUGCCUGAAGCGCAGAAGAGGCCGGAUUCUGCCAGUUCCGUGGUGUCAUCGACGUCUAGUGGCGCUCCAUCUACUUGUGGUAGCACAGAUACAAAUAGUCAGUCAGGAAAUGGUGCAUUAUGGCCCGCUUGGGUGUAUUGUACUAGAUAUAGCGACAGACCCAGUUCUGGUAAGUUUUUUUUUUAA